GUGCCACACAGGUGUUCCUUCUCUCCUUCUCUUGGCAAACCGCGGCGCUUGAAAACCUCGGGAAACGCGGCGGAUGGGCUUGGCGGCCUCGCUGGAGGAGAAGCUGCGGGGGGGAGUGUUGGACUCCAAACUGGCAGACAUCAAGCAGGCCAAGAAGCUACGCGACCUGGAGCUGGCCACACGCAUCGCCAGCACCAGGGAACGGCUCUGCUGGAUCGGGGCCUACUACGGCUUGGUGGGCGUGGUGUCACUGGCCCGCAGUGCCACGUUGCGCUGGCAGAAUGUGCGGCUACACUGGGACAACGCCUUCCUGCCUUUGAAUGUGGUGUUCCUGUGCAUGCCGCCCUUCGUCUCGGGGUACCAGUUGGAUUUGGCCAUGCACCCCAUCAGCCUCAUGGGCUACCAGGUCGGCGGCAAGGCCAACCGCAUCGCCGAGGAAGCCAUGCGAAUCCGAAAUGGUGAGGCGCACCAUUGGUUCAACUGCAGGUAUUUGCCCUGGGUGGAGGACAGCACUUGUGUGCUCCAGCAGCCGGUUUGUCUGCCUGCCGUUCUGGAGCCUGCAUACCACCGGGAGCGCCUCAUGGCCAAUCGGGCGCGGCAUGCCAAGGAGUUGCCGCCGGAGCCGGAAUGGGCCUACUUUGCCAAGCGUUGUGCAGAGUGAAAGUUGGCAGG